GGCGCGCUGCACGGCCGCCGGCGUGAGCCGCGUGCGGAAUCGAUCGCGUGUGCGUGCGGCGUCGAGAGUGCGUGCAUGCGUCAUGGGCCGUGAGUGGAGAAUGUUGACUCACGCGCAUCGGGCUUCCUUUCCCCGGCUCAGCGGUGGCGGCGGCGGAGGAGGUGCGGCGGCGGCGGCGACGACAACAUGUCCUCCGGCGAAGAUGCGGUGGCGCCAUUUCACGGCACCUUCACGAAGGACAUUCUCUACGAACUGCACCGGCGACAGCCGCACCGUUUCCACUUCAUGACAAAAUUCAACGCCAAGAGCGCCUCGUGGAAGGACUUCGAGCUGGUGGUGCUCGACGGCGAACUGCGAGACUUCGCGCGAUGCGUGCACUGCAAGAACUUCGUCUCCUACUCGAGCAAAAAGGGCACCGGGAGCAUGCUCAGGCACCGCUGCCACGCCAAGGAAUCGUACUUCACAGCAGAGGAACACAACCGCUUUCGUGAGAUGGAGCUGUUCAUGCGAACCACCCCGCAGCCGCUGCUGGGCGGUCUGUCGUCGCAGUUCCUGCCGCGCAUCAAGGUGGAGCUGCCGGAGCCACCGGAGUCGCCGCUGCGGAGGCUAAACACCGACUGCGGUGGCGGCGGUUUGCUCAGCAACAACUUCGACGACAGUCCUUUGGACGUGCGGAUCCGCCCGCGCUCACCGAACGGCAGCGCCAUAAACAGGUGCGCCAGGGGCUCGGCCAGCGUGGGCGGUGCGCCCGUGGUCGACAACGGUGAAGUCGAGGAGAUCGUCGCCAACGUGGAGCUCGCCGACGACAGUACUGGAGGGGACGUGCUCGAGGAGCGCAACAACUGCUCGCCCAGUGCGGCCACAGCGGCAGCCGCCUGGUGCCAGGAUGCCGUACGCAGCGGCAGCCCGCGCGGUCGCCGAGCGGCAGCUGGUGGAGCUGCAGCGGUUGCACGCCGAGGAAGAGCACAAGCUCAAGGUCGAACUGCUCAAGAAGCAGCACAUGGUGGCCGACCUGCAGAGGAAGUACUGGCGUAUGAAGGUAAAGGCGCUCGCGCAGAAGGCGGCCUCGUCCUCGUACCAACCCAAUGAGAACAAGUCCGUCGACGAGGAGGACUCGGACUCGCCGGACUGAUGGGACUGCGUGCGUGGUCGAUGGGGCCUCCUCGUCCCACUUUGUGCGUGCGUGUUCGCGCGUGUGUGUACAUUGUCGACACGUUGCGACAUUUUUUUUUCUUCCACGCAGUGCCAUGCGAACAUACUCUGGUUUUGCUCACGCUUGACGUCUGGUCAUAAUUGUGAGAGCGACACGGUUUAUUUUCGUUAGUUUUUUGUUAUCUGCCUUCUUUUCUUCUUUAGUGAUUUCCACUUGACAUCUCUUCAGCAGCAGCUCCAGGUGCUUUGUGCUUCGUUUGGUUCAUGAUGAAGCGCCACGCCAUAUAUAUACAAUGCAGAAUGGCUCGACUCAUGAACAACUCUUUCACGACUCGCAUAUUCACAAAGGAAGCCAAGCAAGUGCUGUGGUCGACUAAGUAGGACUUAGCUUCGUCGGCUUGUAGUGCGUGUAUGGCGUGAGAGUGGCGGCUUAAGCGAAGGAAGGACUCGGAGAUUACAGCGUUUGCUUGAAGGGGCCCUGCCCGUGCCACACUUUUUUUAGCAUGGUCAGAAGGCGCUGCCGGUCGUUUGUCGAGGUUUCCUGAAAAGGCGCGAGCCAAAUAUUAUAGUUCACGUGGCCUGCCAUUGAAAAAUGUUUCUCAAAGUUAGCUAAAAAUCGUUGUCCUCUUAUCUCGGCAAAGAUGUUAUAACCGAAAUCGCCGCGCCAAGAAGUCGUACGUCCACGACAGUUGACUGACUUGAGCACCGUGAACUGCGUAGUUACCGCGGCUGCCGUGGGAUGCCACCACGCUGCCCUCUCGUGCGCUUCGCAGUCACACGGAAAGUAUACACCGUGAGUUCAAAAAGUAAAAGAAAGUGCUCAAGGUCAGUAACGCGCGCGGACUGAAUGGACCAUCUUCUCCCUCUGUUGUCACCCCCUCCCUCCUCCUUAGCUUUCGGCGUGCUCGCUAAUACGAAAAGAGAGAUAAGUGCUUCAAGCGUGUGACAUCCCAAGUAACUCUGUCCUACAUGACUAUUUCGAAAGGAAAAUUGGUGCUGUCGAUUCGUGAAAUACAACAGGCUCUUUUAAUGAAACUUUUAGAUGUUUCUGUGGACAGGCGUUAUCGAUCCUCUUCAAGGUAUUGCUUUUAUCUUCUAGUCACGUGCUACCACGAGGAUAGGCUAAGCUAUGAGAGAGAGUAUUGGAUUUGUUUUGGUUCCAGUAUUCUAUUGAGCAAGGGCAAUGAGCUAUCCGUAUGCAGUGUUGAUAGGUAUUGCCAAGGGAUUGUAUUUUUAGGAGGCUAGUUGUCGCGGUGUCAUUAAAAGUGCCAAACCAUCUUUGUGAGAGGACUGCUUGCCUUUGACGCACGAAUAGAAGCCCUUGUUGUUCGCGAUUUCUAGUUUAUGUAAGCAUUAUAAUUCUGCUAUACCCUCUCCUUACAAAGGGCUCGACGUGCGUGGUCAGUAAAUACGUACUUUCCAUGGUAAUUUAAGACACAACGCUUCCUUCUAAACUGCAUUUCGGGCGUUUAGUCAUUUUGUCAUCUUUCUCUUUCUUUUUCUACCUUCCCAGCGUAGGGUAGCCAACAAGAUGCUUUUCUGGUUAACGUCCUUGCCUUCCUUUGGGCAUUUCUUUCCUCCCUUCUCUUGUCUCCUCUAAAGGACGACCUAAGUGUGCCUUCGAAAUGGUCAUUGUAGCUAGCUCUUCAAGCCCACAUUACGCAAGCGCUGUGGAUAGAAAAGUGUGUGAUGGAGCAUUAAGAUAUCGAAUUUUGUUUUCUUAGUUCGCGAUGUUGGCAUACAGUUUGAACUGCACUCGCUCCUUGCACGUCUACGGCGGAAUCGGCUGUAUACCUUUCAAGUUUUCCUAAGUAUGUUAUUUAUUCCUAUUGCGCGUGUUGCUCGUAUACUGCAGUCACUGCAGAUGGAAGUUGCGAGUGGGUGUGCCCCCAGUGGAGAUGAUAAGGCAUUGUGCAUUGCACCAGUGCCAAGUUCAAGAAAUGUGCAAUCCAGCUUGGAACACCAAGCAUAUCGCCAGUAGGGAUUCGCAGCUGAUAUUUGAUGACGUUUCUCUUUCUUGCUGAUAUGUGUGCGUGAUAAUUAGCGAAUGCAUAUCAACGGCCCUCGCAAUAAGCCGUUUAAGUAGCACCUGCUCAUUGUGUCAUAGCUAUGCUGAGCUUCCAGUCAAAGUCUGUGCCAAUUUUUAAAACCUGUUGUAUACUACUACCCAUUGUACUCUGCAUUUGAGAACUGGGCUGAAUGUGACGCUAAGAAUGGUUGCGUAGUUCACCUUUAGUUUGUGUGAUUGACGUUGUAUAGUGAGAGAGAGAGAGAAUAUAGGAAGGGCAUAGGGACGUCGUAGGGCUGAUCUACACCCAAGUGGCCAUAAAUUAAGUGCAAAAAAGAAAAAGAAA